AUGUUGCCAAAAGAACAGAGAGAACAGUUUAAGUUGCCAAAUAGUGUUGUGGAGGGUGAAAUAUUGCAACAACAACAAGAAGAACAGGAACAAGAACAGUUUGGCUUGCAUGAGAGUGUUCCAGAUGUCAAAAUGUUGCCAAAAGAACAGACGGAACAGUUUAAGUUGCCAAGUAGUGUUGUGGAGGGUGAAAUAUUGCAAGAACAACAAGAAGAACAGUUUGGCUUGCGUGAGAGUGUUCUAGAUGUCAAAAUGUUGCCAAAAGAACAGAGAGAACAGUUUAAGUUGCCAAGUAGUGUUGUGGAGGGUGAAAUAUUGCAAGAACAACAAGAAGAACAGGAACAAGAACAGUUUGGCUUGCGUGAAAGUGUUCUAGAUGUCAAAAUGUUGCCAAAAGAACAGAGAGAACAGUUUGAAUUGCCAAAUAGUGUUGUGGAGGGUGAAAUAUUGCAAGAACAACAAGAAGAACAGGAACAAGAACAGUUUGGCUUGCGUGAAAGUGUUCUAGAUGUCAAAAUGUUGCCAAAAGAACAGACGGAACAGUUUAAGUUGCCAAGUAGUGUUGUGGAGGGUGAAAUAUUGCAAAAACAGGAACAAGAACAGUUUGGCUUGUGUACGAGUGUUCUAGUGUGUGAAGGACUGGAGAACAUGGAAGAACAGGGAAGAAAUGAAGAACGGGAAGGAGAAAUGGAGGAUAAAACAGUGAUACAAGAAGAAAAAGUACAUAAUUUUGAAGAACACGCCAGAAAAAUGGAUGUUAUUGAUGACAGAACAGCAAAGGAAGGAGAAGAACAAGAGAACAAGAUACGGAACGAAAAUUUGGCGCCAAAACGGAAAAAAGAAAACGGACAUGAACUUGAACCAGAGAAAACGCAACAUUUAAAGGCAGACUCAAAUAAUUGGCGUUCCAACCCAAAAAAUAUAAAUUCCUGUUUGGGGGAGCAGAUUUCCAGCCCAAAGCACUUAGAUUCUAGCCCAAACAGCGCCGAUUCUAGCCCAAACAGCGCUGAUUCGACGCCAACACAAGAAAAUAGCCCAAAACACGUAGAUUCUAGCCCAAACAGAGACAUUUUCAGCCCAAAAACCUUCGAAACUAGCCCUGACACUUGUACUAGCCCAAAACACGGAGAUUCCAGCCCAAACAGAGACGUUUCCAGCCCAAACCGCGGAAAAACUAGCCCUGACACUUGUACUAGCCUAAAACACGUAGAUUCUAGCCCAAACAGAGACAUUUCUAGCCCAAACCGCGGGAAAACUAGCCCUGACACUUGUACUAGCCCAAACCGCGGAAAAACUAGCCCUGACACUUGUACUAGCCCAAAACACGUAGAUUCUAGCCCAAACAGAGACGUUUCCAGCCCAAACCGCGGAAAAACUAGCCCUGACACUUGUACUAGCCCAAAACACGUAGAUUCUAGCCCAAACAAAGACAUUUCCAGCCCAAACCGCGGAAAAACUAGCCCUGACACUUGUACUAGCCCAAAACACGGAAAUUCUAGCCCAAACAGAGACGUUUCCAGCCCAAACCGCGGAAAAACUAGCCCUGACACUUGUACUAGCCCAAACCGCGGAAAAACUAGCCCUGACACUUGUACUAGCCCAAAACACGGAGAUUCCAGCCCAAAACCUCACAUUUCUAGCCCAAAGUCCCAAGAAUCCACAAUCUCUAUAAAUUUUAAGCGCGUUGCAGUUGAGAACGGAGGUGGAGCAGUGCCGGGAGGUGGAGCAGUGCCGGGGGGUGCCUGGAGAGAGUGCCACAGUGCCAGACCAUUGAAGAGAGCCAGGAUGGAAGGAACAGAGCAAUUGGAACAUGGAAAAUUGGAUAAGAACUUGAAAUAUGAAGGAAUUUAUGAGAAUUGUGGGUCAGGAGGAGGAGGAGGAGAGGGAGAGGAAGAGGAGGAGGAGGAGGAGGAGGCCUUGAAAACAUUUAAUUUAUUUAUUUACGAAGAAGGAACGUCUUAUAAAGGAUUACUGGAAGGAGGAAAUGUGGAGAAUGGAGGAGGAAGAGGAAGAAGAGGAGGAGGAAGAGGAGGAAGAGGAAGAGGAAGAAGAAGAGGAAGAAGAAGAGGAGGAGGAGGUGUAGUUGAGGAAGAGAAGGAAGAAGCAAAAGGAAGAAGAAGAAGGAGAAGGAGGAGGAGAAAUGCAGAAGAGGAGGAGGAGGAGGAAGAAAAAAGAAGAAGAAGAAGAAGAAGAGGUACACUGGAGGCAGAAGAGGAGGAGGAGGAGGAGGAAAGAGAAGAAGAAGAAGAAGAAGGAGGUACACUGGAGGAAGAGGAGGAGGAGGAGGAGGGAGGAGUGAAUAAAAUGACAAAAUUUUUACGAAAUACUUUAGAAAGACGUAGGCUGAAAUGUGACAGGAAAAUCGCCUUAAAACACAUAAAACACGCAGAAAACCAAACGCAGAUGGACUCAAAACAAACAUGGAGGCUUGAAAAACACACAGCAGCACUCCAAACACCCCAAAACACAGCAAAUACAGCAAAAAAGACCAUAAAAGCAAGAUUCAGAGGAAGGAGAAAGGUAAAUGGCCCACAGGAACCUCUACUUUCAAAACACAGCCACUAA